AUGGAGCAUGGUACCGGCCCGAGAAUCGAUCGACGGCCCUACUGCGGAGCUGGACGCUACGACCUUGGAACAGUGCAGCCCCCAACAAUACGAAGAACGAGGCAGUUUCGGAACGAAAAUAAUUUGUUCGGGCAUAUGGACUUUGCGUUUCCUGUCACUCUUUGGGUAGCUGACGGGUACGAAGCUAUGCCCUUUGACAAGGAUGUUGAUCAUUCCCAAUUCAUUGAGAGGUGA